CCCCGCCCGCCAUAUUCAUCCAAGCGGUAUUGAAUUACCAUGCUGGACACAGCCACGAGUAACAGGUGGCUUGACGUCCAGGCUGAAAUCGCGAAGGGAAUAGAUUCGCAGCAAUAUGCUUACAACAUAGCAUUAAAACUUCGACCGUCUUCUUCCUGAGUCACUCUGCGAUGUUGUUUAGGUGAGCGGGAAGGAGGCGCCGCUGACCGGAGACGGCGGCGGCCAUGCACUCCGCCCCGCUCAAGCCGCUCCGACAACAACAACAGCUGCAACAAUUGCAGCAGCAGCAGCAUCACGACCGAGACAGAUUACGAGCCCUUCUGUUGCUGCUACUGCUGCUUGCUAGCAGUAUGGACUUUGUUAAAACGGAAGCGCCAGAGCAGCGAUCGGCAUUAAUGCGAUCAGGAGCUAUCCAUCGCAAAAAACUAUGGCCGGAAGAUACCGAUGUGUUCCCAGUGAAUUUGACCAUUGGGUAUCUUCCGGCUAUUAAGGGAGGCCUCAAGGACCGUCAGGGUCUCGCUAUUUCCGGGGCCAUAACCAUAGCUCUGAAUGAGAUCAACAACGAUCCAAAUAUUUUACCAAACAUAAAUCUGGUGAUGCGAUGGAGCGAUACGAGGGGAGAAACUGUCGAAGCUACCAGAGCAAUGCUUGACAUGAUCUGCGACGGGGUCGUAGCCUUCUUCGGACCAGAAGGCACUUGCUUCGUCGAGGCCACAGUCUCUGAGUCUCGCAAUAUACCCAUGAUGAGUUACAAAUGUUCAGAUUACAAGGCUUCGAAAGUGAAGACCUUCGUAAGGACCGAACCGCCGGACACGCAGGUAACUAAAUCGGUGAUCGCCCUACUGCUGCACUAUGGUUGGAACAAAUUCUCCAUUGUAACCGAGCGUGCCUGGUCAACGGUCGCUCGUUCACUUCAGCAACAGGCGGCUAAGAACAACCUUACCGUAAACCAUUACAAGACCGUUGAGGAUCGACACACAUGCUGCGAAGAGAGACUACCGUGCUGCCAAGUCAGCGUAUGGUUUCAGCUUAUACAGGAGACGAAAAAUAUGACCCGCAUUUACAUCUUCCUGGGAACGCCAAUGUCACUGAUAGAUAUGAUGAAUUCAAUGCAAGGCCAAAGAUUGCUGGACAACGGAGAGUAUAUGGUAAUAUACGUGGACAUGAUGACGUAUUCGCAACGUGAAGCACAGAAGUAUUUGUGGAAACCCGAUCACUACAAUAGUUUGAAAAAUUGUCUUGAGCCGAAGGAUUUUCUGAAGAGAGCACGUUCACUGAUGGUUGUAGUGUCGACACCGCCAACGAGCAAUUAUGAAGAAUUUACCAAAAAGGUCCGACACUACAGUACCAUAGAUCCCUUUAAUUUCCAUGUUCCUGAACUUCUCAAAAAGUUUGAAAAGUAUGUAUCCAUUUACGCGGCAUAUCUUUACGAUUCUGUCAAGCUAUACGCGGAAGCUUUAGACCAAUUAAUACGAGCUCAUCCGUACCAUUCUAUCGAGGAACUGGCCAAAAAUGGCACUCUUAUAGUCGAGACAAUUAUCAAAAGACAUACAUAUUACAGUGUGAGUGGAGCAAAAAUAAAUUUAGAUAAAUUUGGAGACUCGGAGGGAAACUUUUCAGUGCUUGCUUUGAAAAAAGAACCAUUCCAUACUGAUAAUUUCUCCUGUGAUUAUCAGAUGUUGCCUGUAGGUCAAUUCCAGCAGGGUGAAACUCUAGUGUAUAAAUCUUGGCCAGGCGCUAUAGAUUGGCCCGGUAAAAAUAAACCUGAAGCAGAACCUGGGUGUGGUUUUCUCAAUGAACAUUGUCCAAAAGAUGACACACAUCUUCGCAGCAUCAUUGUCGCUGCAGCAUUAGCUAUUUUAUUGUUUUGCGCCACAGUAGUUACUGUGAGCAUAUAUCGAAGAUGGAAAAUAGAACAGGAGAUAGAAGGAUUACUUUGGAAGAUUGAUCCGAAUGAAAUACAUGGUUAUCCCCAUCUUGAUAACAUGAUGUCCUCCCCUAGUAAGUUAAGUUUAGUUAGUGCAAUGUCCUAUGAGUCGAGAUGUGGCGGCCAAGUGUUUGCGCAAACUGGACAUUACCAUGGUGUAAUGGUACGGAUAAAGGAAUUAAAAUUCUCAAAGAAAAAAGACAUUUCACGGGAUAUUAUGAAGGAGAUGCGCAUUCUCCGUGAAAUUAGACAUGGUAAUCUCAACUCUUUCAUCGGAGCGUGCGUGGAGCCGAUGAGGAUAUUGUUAAUUACCGACUAUUGUGCCAAAGGAAGUCUUUAUGACAUAGUUGAAAACGAAGAUAUUAAAUUAGAUGAUAUGUUCAUUGCUUCCCUCAUUCACGAUCUUAUUAAGGGCAUGUCAUAUAUUCACGAAUCUUCGUUGUUAGUAUGUCAUGGGAAUUUAAAGUCGUCCAAUUGUGUUGUAACUUCACGUUGGGUACUUCAAGUAUCUGAUUUUGGUCUUCAUAAUAUGCGUCAUUGCGCCGAAUCUGACAGCAUCGGUGAACAUCAGUAUUAUCGAAACUUAUUUUGGAAAGCCCCCGAGCUAUUAAGAAACUCACAUGCUCCGAUUAAAGGCACUCAGGCAGGAGAUAUUUAUUCUUUCGCCAUUAUUCUAUAUGAAAUUCUUGGACGCAAAGGACCGUAUGGAAAUAUAAAUCUGGAACCCAAAGAAAUCAUAGAUCGAGUAAAAAGAUUUCCGGAAGAUGGUGAACCACCGUUUAGGCCCAAUUUAAACGUACUCUCCGAGUCGAAAGCAAAUUGUGCCGAUUAUGUCGUUAUCACUAUCAUGGACUGUUGGGCGGAAAAUCCAGAACUUCGACCAGAUAUCAAAAUGAUAAGGACUAGAUUGAAGAGAAUGAAAGCUGGAUGGCAUCGAAAUAUAAUGGAUCAAAUGAUGAAUAUGAUGGAGAAGUAUGCGAGCAACCUCGAAGAUCUAGUCACCCAGCGUACGGGACUUCUCUUGGAAGAAAAAAAGAAAACUGAAGAUCUUCUUCAUAGAAUGUUACCUAAGCCUGUCGCGAAUUGUUUGACAAACGGUAUUGGGGUAGAACCGGAAGCUUUUGAUUCAGUUACUAUAUACUUCAGUGAUAUCGUUGGUUUUACUACAAUGUCAGCUGAAAGUACACCAUUUCAGGUUGUAAAUUUCUUAAAUGAUCUGUAUACAUUGUUCGACCGUAUAAUCAGAGGAUACGAAGUGUACAAAGUAGAAACGAUUGGAGAUGCCUAUAUGGUCGUUUCCGGUCUUCCAAUAAGAAAUGGAGAUCAACAUGCUGGACAGAUAGCAUCGAUGUCGCUGGAAUUACUUAAUGCUGUUAAGCAUCAUACGAUAGCUCAUCGACCUCAAGAAACUCUCAAAUUACGUAUCGGCAUUCAUACCGGCCCUGUGGUAGCAGGUGUUGUCGGUUUGACGAUGCCUAGGUAUUGUUUAUUUGGAGACACCGUUAAUACUGCGUCUCGUAUGGAAUCUACUGGAGAGCCAUUACGAAUACAUAUCAGUAAGCAAUGCAAAGAAGCGCUAGAUAAGAUCGGAGGUUAUAAAAUCGAAGAACGUGGUUUCAUUGAAAUGAAAGGAAAAGGAACAGUGAAGACUUACUGGCUUACAGGAGCUACUGUGACACACAGAAAAAACAUAGAGAAUUCUAACGGGGAUGAAAAUCUCCUACCGCUGUUCUGCAGACCACGAAAAAGCCCGAAGUUAAGUCCAGACUCGCGAUACGCAUCACAACUAGAAGGAUUAGGCGCCGGUAGUCGCAGACAUUCAAGUGUACCAUAUCCAAUUGCAGAUGACUCUUCUUCGCAGUGUGAGAUAUCUAGUCCAGUUUCGCGAAUAAUAUAUGCUCGGAAGCUCGAGAGAUCUCUCCUGUCUCUGACUGAAAACGUCUCGAAGACCACGCUAAACAACGUUCCAGUUCAGGAAGAAGAAGAAGCACACAGGCGCUUAAAUAUCAAGUCGGUAGAUGAUCUAUUCAUAAAUACAGGACCAAAAUUUAGGAAGAACGCCCGUGCAUUAUCUACCAUCGCGUCCUCUUCGUCAAGUGACUAUCCAUCUGAAACUGUCUUACGCGAAUCCCGUUCACUUGACCCACUUCCCACUGAUAUGUAUAAUAAACGAUUCGAAUCGCCGAACUUCUGGAAGGAAAACGAAUGCACACGGAUUAAUUUAAAAGCGGACAUUUCUGAAAAAAUGCUAAAUAAUAAUUAUCCUAAUGGCAAUGUAAUAAUGAUGUCUCAUACUGACAGGCUCCCAAAUGAAGCAGAGCCACUGUUAGAUGACGAUAGUACGAACAAGAGAGAAAUACGGGAGAAGCGAUCACGCUCACUGGAUCAGGUGGUAUUCGAAUCUAGCACGGACAGUGUACCUGAUAAAAAGUCGUCUGCGCGAAAGUUAUUAGAAAUUCCACCUGUUUCAACUAUUAUCCAGAUGUUCAACGGUAAUGGAUUGCGCAACAGCAAUGUCUCUUUAAGAAGAGGAAUAUUAGCAGGGUAUGAUAAGCAAACCGAACGUGAAAGUGUAGUCUAAUAUGCAUUCGGGAAAAAAAAUUUUUUAAUACGAAAAGCCUAAGUAGCAAGAAAUAAAAUCACUCGUAAAAACUAUGCGCUUGCCACGCAUGAACUAUGUGGAACAUUAUUUUAGGAAUGAUAAGCAUGAUUUAUUGUUGCCAUCUUUUUUUCUUAAGUGCAAUUUAUAUGUAUAUGAAAGUUACCGAUUACAAUGUAUAUAUUUAUAAUAUUUAGUUAUUUUACAAUUCUUAUUAUUCUAAAAUGUGUGCAUCGAAGCGAAAAACAACUUUUACUUUAUACAGGACUGCUCUCCUGUUUUCUUUGUUAAGAUUUUUAAUUCGAAUGUAUGUAACACACGGAAACAGCAAAUUAUUUUUAAAAAUCAUGACCAAAGUACAUCACGGACACUUAAUUCAUCCGACAAUUUAUUUUGUUUAUUAGUAUGAAAAAGGAAUUCGGAUAGUAUCGCAUAUAAUCGAUGUCAGAAUGGUUUAGAUCUUUUUUUUUUUAUUUUGUAGGUAACUUUUAUAGUUUCUACAUGAAAAUUAUUUCUACAUGAAAAAGUAAUGUAAGUCGUCCGCGCGAAAAUUAUUAGAAAUUUCACCUGUUUCGACUAUUAUUUAGAUAUUCUUCAAUGGUAAUGACGUCUAUUAUUUAGAUAUUCAAUAAUAAUAUAUCGUUUAUACAACAUAAUAAAUCUGUAAAGAUUACCUUACGAAAAAUUUCUCAAUGUUUCAAUAUCGAUUAUAUAUAUAUA